GUCAACAGGGGUUGUAGUCUAUAACCGGAAUUCAUUAGCAAUGGAAAAAGAAGGCCUUCGGUUGGCUGUUUCUCCGCAUACUGCCUAUGACACAAUUCAAUCGCCUACUAGAUCCGGUCGCGAGGGGCAUUACCCGACAACCACUUGCGCGGAAACAUUUCCCUGCCAGCAUUCUGUUUUUGUCAUCAGCUGUCUCGCCAGCUUAAAGGACAAUCCGAAGAAGAAUUCGUACAAGCCCCCCGACCUCAGGUCACAAAUCGAAGACCGGAAGCCUGGUUCAAGUCUCGCAGCCGUAAGCCUAAGGCCGAACGAUGGCAGCUUCCCGAUACGCCUCCGAAUAUCCUGCAAAUCUGCCCUUUGAGGAGCGAUACCGCAAAUUCAUCGAGGAGUUCUACCAGGUUUCGGACACCCCGUCUGCGCACGAUCAAUAUGUUGCCCGUUUCGCACCAAAUGCUCGCCUCGUGAUGGCAAGCAAAGUGGCUGUUGGCGCUGAGGAGAUUCUAGCGCUUAGAAGAGCCUUGUGGGAAAAGGUUAACACACGAUCACACAGACCGUUGAAAGUUUUUCCUUUCGGAGCAAACUCGGAUGAAGUGAUGAUCUAUGGCACUGUCGAGUACGGAUUCAAGGAUGGUCGAAAUGGAGGACUUGAGUGGGCUGCCAAGGGAAAGCUGGGCGUGGAUGAGACGGGAAAGGUAGUGUGGAGAGACUACCAAGUAUAUAUGGACACUGCCGCGCAGAAUAAAUAGACGCAAAAAAGCAAUUCGCUGUUCAACUCAAUGCAAGGCAAAGUCAUGGCUACACCACACGGGGCCCUUCUAUACCAGCUGACACAAUGUGGAAACAUACCCUCCUUUUGGAUCUUGACAUAACAUCAUACAUCACCGACCCAUCUCAGCAACGCACCAUUCAACACACUUGCCAAAGCCCAAAGUGCAGCCCAUCCCGCAGAGCCGAGCUUAUCGCUCCCUUCGAGAGUUUUCCAUGUCUUGAUCCACGUUGCGAAAAAUACGCUUGCCGCUAGCACAAUUGUCCUCUUGAUCAUGACUUUCGUCCCGCUCUUCCAACCCCACACAUUGAAGCUGAGAUGCUCUGUCAAGCUCGCAGUCUCUGGGUCAAAGGCCUCGAUCUUGACAUCUCCCGGGCUGGGCUGAGCGCCGGUGCUGGGCGCAAAGAGCAGAAUCUUGGCUGUCCAACCAAGAGGGAAGAACGUGAUUACCAGAGCAGGAAGCUGCGAAUUAUGCGCUACCUCGAAGGUUCGUACGCCGUCGAAGUUGGCAGCUAAGUAGACAGGGAGCCAGCUAUUGUAGCUCACGUACAAGAUGACGCCGUACACGGAGGCCGCGAAAAGUGUCACUAGGAUGCUCAGGGUGAAGUUCUGGACAAUAGAACGGUUUGCUAGAGAGCCUCGAGGUGCCUUGGAGCUAUGCGCGGGGAUGCGGG